AUGGCUGCCCAGACAAACGGCGUCAGCGCCACCAGCUUCCCGGCAGACGCUGUGCCCCAGGCACCUGAGGAUCCGCUCUUUGGGCUUAUGCGUGAAUACCGCGCCGACAAGAGCAAAGAUAAGGUGGACCUGGGAAUCGGUGCUUAUCGCGACAACAACGGCAAACCAUGGGUGCUGCCGGUGGUCAAAAAGGCCGAUGAAAUCAUUCGCAAUGAUCCCGAAGCCAACCACGAAUACCUGCCCAUUGCUGGCCUGGCCUCUUUUACUGGCAAGGCCGCCGAGCUGAUCUUUGGCGCCUCAUCGCCGGCCAUUGUCGAGAAGCGCGUUGUGUCGGUCCAGACGAUCUCUGGCACCGGUGCCUGCCACCUUGGCGGGCUCUUCCUCGACCGCUUUUUCCAUGGCAACCGCACCGUCUACCUCUCCAACCCGACUUGGGCCAACCACAACCAGAUUUUUGCCAAUGUCGGCUUGCCUACCGCCCUGUAUCCCUACUUUGACAAGCAGUCGCGAGGUCUCGACUUUGCCGGCAUGACCAGGGCCAUUGAGGCUGCCCCGGACCACUCCAUCAUCCUCAUGCACGCCUGUGCCCACAACCCAACCGGUGUUGAUCCUACUGCCGAGCAGUGGCGCCAGAUCGCCGACAUUCUGCGUCGCAAGCACCACCUGCCGUUCUUCGACUGCGCCUACCAGGGUUUCGCCUCGGGCGAUCUCGCUCGCGAUGCCGGCGCCAUCCGCUACUUUGUCGAGCAGGGCUUCGAGCUGCUGCUGGCCCAGUCAUUUGCCAAGAACUUUGGUCUGUACGGCGAGCGGGCCGGCUGCCUGCACUUUGUGUCGGCCCCGGGGGCCGCAGCUGCCGACACCACCAGCCGGGUUGCAUCGCAGCUGGCAGUGCUGCAGCGGUCUGAGAUCUCCAACCCGCCCAUCUACGGCGCACGUGUUGCCAGCACAGUGCUGAACGACCCUGCACUGUUUGCCGAGUGGGAGGAGAACCUGCGGACGAUGUCGGGGCGCAUCAUCGGCAUGCGCACGGCGCUGCGGGAGAAGCUCGAAGAGCUGGGCACGCCGGGAACGUGGAACCACAUCACCGACCAGAUCGGCAUGUUCUCGUUUACGGGCCUGUCGGAAAAGCAGGUGCUGAAGCUGCGUGAGGACUACCACAUCUAUAUGACUAAGAACGGGAGGAUCAGCAUGGCCGGUCUGAACACGAACAACGUCGAGUAUUUUGCAAAGGCGGUCGACCAGAUCGUACGGGCGACUCAAUGA